AUGUUAAUUCGUUCUUUGACAGCUCGUACGCAGCGAGCGUUUUCGAUUUCCCAGUGUCGAAAUGAGGCGAAAACAAGCAAUAUUUCGAAUUAUAAAAUAAUUGAUCAUGCAUAUGAUGCAGUUGUUGUUGGAGCAGGAGGUGCUGGAUUAAGAGCUGCUAUGGGAUUAAGUGAAGGAGGUCUAAAAACAGCUGUGAUAACGAAACUGUUUCCAACGAGAUCACAUACAGUUGCAGCACAAGGCGGUAUAAAUGCUGCUUUAGGUAAUAUGAAUCCAGAUGAUUGGCGUUGGCAUUUCUACGAUACAGUUAAAGGUAGCGAUUGGCUUGGUGAUCAAGAUGCAAUUCAUUAUAUGACGCGUGAAGCGGAGCGCGCUGUUAUCGAGCUGGAGAAUUACGGCAUGCCAUUUUCACGAACAUCUGAAGGAAAAAUUUAUCAGAGAGCUUUCGGUGGCCAGAGUAAUGAUUUUGGAAGAGGUGGACAAGCUCAUAGAACCUGCUGUGUAGCCGAUCGAACUGGGCAUUCAAUGCUUCAUACACUUUAUGGUUCAUCACUUCAGUAUAACUGCCAAUAUUUUAUAGAAUUUUUCGCUCUCGAUCUCAUAAUGGACAAAGGUGCGUGUGUUGGUGUAAUCGCUAUGAAUUUAGAAGAUGGAACAAUUCACCGUUUCAGAACUAAAAAUACGAUAUUGGCCACAGGCGGCUAUGGUCGUGCAUUCUUCAGCUGUACUUCGGCACAUACAUGCACUGGUGAUGGUACGGCAAUGAUUGCCCGCUCCGGUCUUCCUAAUGCCGAUAUGGAAUUCGUUCAGUUCCAUCCUACCGGUAUUUAUGGAGCAGGUUGCCUUAUCACAGAAGGCUCUAGAGGUGAAGGUGGAUUUCUCGUGAAUAGUAAAGGUGAACGAUUUAUGGAAAAAUAUGCUCCAAAUGCAAAAGAUCUUGCUUCUCGCGAUGUUGUCUCUCGUGCAAUGACUAUUGAAAUCAUGGAAGGCCGUGGAGUUGGUCCUGAAAAAGAUUAUAUUUACUUGCAACUUCAUCAUUUACCUGCUGAACAGUUGCAUUCUAAACUUCCAGGAAUUUCGGAAACAGCUAUGAUUUUCGCUGGUGUUGACGUCACCAAAGAAUCAAUUCCAGUAAUUCCUACAGUACAUUAUAAUAUGGGUGGUAUUCCCACAAAUUACAUGGGUCAGGUUUUGCAAUAUAGUACUGAAAAAGGAGAUCAGCUUGUUGAUGGCUUAUAUGCUGCUGGUGAAGCCGCUGCACAUUCCGUCCAUGGCGCGAAUCGCCUAGGUGCUAAUUCGCUACUCGAUCUUGUGAUCUUUGGACGAGCUUGUGCUAUCAGUAUUAUGAAGCAUACAAAACCAGGCGAUAAAGCUCCCGAUUUACCAAAAGGAGCGGGAGAGACCUCAAUUGCAAAUCUUGAUAAACUGCGAUAUGCUAAAGGGGAUAUUUCUACUGCUGAUCUUCGUCUGAAAAUGCAGAAAACCAUGCAGAAACAUGCUGCAGUUUUUCGUCGUGGUGAUAUUUUAAAAGAAGGAGUCGAGAGAAUGAACGACAUAUAUAAAGAAUUGAAGCAUUUAAAAACGACAGAUCGUGGACUUAUUUGGAAUUCUGAUCUAAUUGAAACAUUGGAGCUUCAAAAUUUAAUGAUCAACGCGACGCAGACAAUUGUGGCAGCUGAAAAAAGAGAAGAAUCACGUGGCGCACACGCGCGUGACGACUUUCCGAAUCGAAUCGAUGAAUAUGAUUAUUCGAAGCCAUUAGAGGGUCAAAUAAAGAAACCAAUUGAACAGCACUGGCGCAAACAUACAAUAAUUCAUCAAGAUACUGAAACAGGGAAGAUCAAACUUAGCUAUAGACCUGUAAUUGAUAAAACUCUUGACAAGAGUGAAACCGAUUGGAUUCCACCCAAAGUUCGGUCGUACUAG